ACGAGCGGAAGUGGGCCGGCGCGGCGCUGCGACGCACGUCUCCGAGGGUGGCGCCGUGGCCCCUUAUGCUGCGGCGCCCGCUGGCGGGGCUGGCGGCUGCCGCCCUGGGCCGCGCCCCCGCAGACGGUGAGUGGCGUCUGAGCGCACGCAGGCUCCGGAGGCCCUUCCUGCGCGCCGCCGCGACCCGCAUGGUUGGAGCCGUUCGCGUUCCGCUCUCUCCCUGCACCCAGGACGUGGCUUCCCGCGUGCUCCAGGGGAUGUCAGGACCAAGGCCUGUUGUCCUGAGUGGACCUUCUGGGGCCGGAAAGAGCACCCUGCUCAAGAGACUUCUGCAGGAGCACGGCAGCAUCUUCGGAUUCAGCGUGUCCCACACCACGAGGGACCCGAGGCCUGGAGAGGAGAAUGGCAAAGAUUACUACUUUGUGACCAGGGAGGUGAUGCAGCGGGACAUUGCUGCCGGGGACUUCAUCGAGCACGCUGAGUUCUCGGGGAACCUGUAUGGGACUAGCAAAGCGGCUGUGCGAGUGGUGCAGGCCAUGAACCGGAUCUGCGUGCUGGAUGUGGACCUCCAGGGAGUGCGAAACUUAAAGAAGACGGACCUGAGGCCCAUCUACAUCUUCGUGCAGCCACCCUCGCUGGAAGUCCUGGCACCUCAGGAACAGAGGUUGCGGCAGCGGAACACGGAGACAGAGGAGAGCCUGGCCAAGCGGUUGGUCGCUGCCCAGGCCGACAUGGAAAGCAGCAAGGAGCCCGGUCUGUUUGACCUGAUCAUUGUCAACGACAACCUGGACAAGGCCUACUGGAGCCUGAAGGAGGCACUCUCGGAGGAAAUUAAGAAGGCCCAAGGGACUGGCUGCUCCUGAGGAUGCCCAUGGCUGUGUCCUCCCUGGACAGGACCCUGCACCCACCCUGGUGGCCAGGGUGCCCCUGACAAGGUUGGCUCUGCCAGCUUCCUUCUGGAUGCCCCUGAUCAGUCCCACUCUCCUGUGGGACCUGGGCCCUCAUCCUAAUAAAGAGCUGCUAGUUAGA